UACAAAUUGCACGUAAGUGUGAUUGAGAUAGCAUGAGAUUUCGGCUUCCGGGGGAAUAGGAACUUCGGAGCUGAUGGAAUGGAGUUUCAAUCGGAAGUCAAAUUAUUGUAAAAAUUUCUCAUAAUUAAUUUUACCAGUUUGCGGAAAGCAGAAGCAAGGGAUCAGCGAAAAUGAUGAACAGCCUGAUGAAAAUCCAUGGACAGUUGGAGUGUUUUGGGGAAGAUACGAGAAUCCCGUGCUUGCGCUCAUGAAGUAGUAUACGCUCACGAAGUAAUGGAUGAACACGCAGAAGUUCGCAUGGGCGGAUAUAAUGUUGAUAACAUCAGACGCAACAUAACACGUGUCUAUAAACAUGAAAAUUAUCAAUUUUUCUAUGUCAAAAGGAUGACCAAUGAUUUCGAUAUUGCAAUUUUGCAAUUAGAAAAAGUUGUUUCGUUUGGAUACAAUAUUCAGCCGAUCUGUUUGCCACAAUCUUCACGCAUUGAUUAUAGUGAAAAGAUAGCCACAGCCAUAGGCUUGUAUGACACUGGCAGCCUUGUGACCCUGAAACUGUAUUCUAGAUCGAAAGCACAAAAAACCCAUAUUCAAAUCUGGACGAACGAACAGUGCGGUAAAUUGCCUAAGUAUGUAAACAAAAUAACAGAUAACAUGGUGUGCGCUGGAGACAAGGCAAGGCUCAGUGAAUAUAUGUUUCACGAUUUCGAUUUUGGACAUUUGGUCAUUGAAAAUGAACACGGCAGCAUGGAAUUAGUUGGAAUAUACUCAUUUGGUGAUAGAUCCAGUUUUUCAUAUGGAACGCCAAUUGUUUAUACUUAUGUUGCCGAUUUCUUGCCGUGGAUUCAAAGCAAAAUAACCAAUCAAUGCACGUAUACACCUAAACAAGCAAGUCAUGACGAGAAUUUGGAACAAACUUGUAUCUUCAACCAAGGUUAAAAGUGAAAAAUCUAGCAGCAAAAUGAAUUUCAUACUAUUUUUCUAUCAAGCAUAAAUAUAUAAACUACCAAACUUCCUAUUUUUAAGUUAGCUCUUUGAUCCUCAUACUCAUUUUUCUUUUAAAAGUUAGCUUAUGUUCUCCCGUAGCCAUUCAGCUAUUUAUUUACCAAUUUUAUAACCAAAAAUCUAUUAAUAAAACUGUUAUAAUAUUUGAGUCUUCUGAAAUG